UUUACUUCCGGUGAAUAUUUCGCCUUCUUCCGUGUGAUGAAAUAGAUCAGAUAGUGGAGCAAAGCCCAACCCUGCUAGCUGGUGAGAUGGAGUCCGGUGAGGCCAGGUUCGGGGGACAGAGUGUAGGAGCAGGCUCAUUGGUGGCAGAGGAGAACUACUUCCUAGGUUACACCUUUACAGACCGCUCCCACUCCAGCCGCGUGGUGCAAAGCAUCAUGGACCUAUGUCUGCAGGACGGCCUGUUUGCUGACGUGACGGUGAAGGUGGAAGGGAGGGAUUUUAACCUGCACCGCCUGGUACUGUCAGCCCAGAGCAGCUUCUUUAGAUCCAUGUUCACAUCCAACCUGAGAGAGGCUCACACACGUAGCAUCCAACUGAAGGACGUCAGCGCAUCAGUGUUCCAGCUGCUGGUUGACUACAUCUACCACGGGACAGUGAAGCUGACAGUGGAGGAGCUUCAGGACACCUAUGAGAUGGCUGACAUGUACCAGCUGACUGCUCUGUUUGAAGAAUGCUCCCGCUUCCUGUCACGCACCGUAGAUGUCAAGAAUUGCCUACAGGUGAUGUGGCUAGCAGACAGGCACAGUGACCAGGAGUUGUAUACUGCAGCCAAACAUUGUGCUAAGAUCCACCUGGUCCAACUUCACCAGACUGAUGAGUUCCUCAACCUGCCACUCUGUCUCCUCAUGGACAUUAUCAAAGAUGAUGUUCCAACCUCUCAGAACGCCACGGCAGCCAUCCAAACCUGGAUCAACCACAACAAGGUGGAGAGAGAAGAGUUCUCCACUGUUCUCCAGGAGAACCUCAAGGAGAUCGGUGAGAAGGUGCACAUCUACCUGAUAGGUAAGGAGGAGACGAGGACCCACUCCCUGGCCGUUUCCCUGCACUGUGACGAGGACGACGCCAUCAGCGUCAGCGGCCAGAACAGCCUGUGUCACCAGAUCACAGCAGCCUGUAAACACGGGCCUGACCUCUACGUGGUGGGGGGGUCCAUCCCUCGCCGCAUGUGGAAAUGUAACAUGCAGACCAUGGACUGGGAGCGCUGCGCCCCGCUGCCCCGAGAUCGUCUCAGCCACACCAUGGUCUCAGUCUCUCUUCAGGAUGCCGUCUAUAGUCUGGGAGGUAAGACGCUCCAGGACACACUGUCCAACGCCGUCAUUUACUACACGGUGAAGGACAACGUGUGGACGGAGACUAGCCAGCUGGAUACGGCGGUGUCCGGGGCGGCGGGGGUUAACCUGGGAGGAACCAUCUACAUACUGGGGGGGGAAGAGAACGACAUGGACUUCUUCACCAAGCCGUCACGACUCAUCCAGUGCUUCGACACACAGACUCAGAAGUGCCAAUUGAAGCCUUACGUUCUGCCGUUGGCGGGAGUGAUGCACGCCGCCGCUCACAUGGACCUGCUGUUCAUCGUAGCGGAGGGGGACUCCCUGGUGUGUUACAACCCGCUGUUGGAGAGCUUCACCAGGCUCCGCUUCCCCGAGGUCUGGAGCUGUGUGCCGUCCCUCUGGAAGGUGGUCAGCUGUAACGGCUCUGUCUACGUGUUCAGAGAGAGGUGUACGAAAGGAGACGCGCACACGUUGAAGUUUAACCCCGCUACGUCAGCCGUGACUGUUAUCAAGGGGAUUAAGAUCCUACUGACCAACUGGCAGUUUGUUCUGGCUUAAAAGUUUAAACUCACUAAGGUGAGGGCAUGAGGGAUUUGAGAAUAUACAGUGGAACAUAUUCAGACCCCUUUACUUUGACCACAUGUUGUUACGUUACAGCCUUAUCCUCUCAAUCUACACACUAUACCCCAU